UAACUUGACUUCAAAGCUUCUGUUUUUUUGGUUUAUUAGCCUUGAAUCGAGUCUAUGGUCUUCUCUACAUUUCACCAACCGAGGGCGCCACAUGGCGCGACCGCAGAAAGUGUGUUGUCAUCAAAAAGUGUCGUGUAUUUAUUUGUAUGUACUAGGCCUUCAAAGAAUACGCAGGUGGUGUCUCCAAAAUGUAAGCUUUUCCGACCUCCCUGGCAGAAUGGUCGUCAUCCUGGCUAAGACGUCGCUGUGCUCAGCCAAUAAUCUUGGCCAUGGAGAUGAAGCAGGCAGUAAGGCGAGUAAGGAUGUCAAGGCUCAUCCGCAAAGGCCAUCCACGCUUGAGUCUCAUAGGAGUCUUGCUAGCCGCCCUUUGUCUUGUCUACUUGAUCACUACGUGGCAAUUGGGAAUGAAUAAUAUCUUCCCGUUCUUGGAGAAGGGGCCCAAAAGUGUUGUGAUGCAUAGUGCCAUGGAGGUGCUGCAAGCUAGGUGGAGUGGUCUUAGCAACUCCCGACCCCACACUGCUUCCGGUAUGAUGAAGGAAAAGUGUGUGUCUAAUCCUAAAGGGAACUCAUCUAAAGCGUACAGACUGGACCCUCACCACCUGGAGAAACUUGCUACAAGCCUUCAAUUGGAUUUGGGCCAGGCCUGGGUGUCUCAAGCCCCCUCGCUUUUUGCAAAAGAGGAGUUUGAAGAUCUAAAAAUGCCACAGUUUCAGGCAAGGGUGCCGGCAUUAGUGUUCUUUAAGGACACCUUCUUGGCUUUCUGUGAGGCCAGGUUUGACUCCGUUCAAGACUGGGGCAACAUGAUGAUCGGCCUGAGGAGGGGCAACUUGAAGGGGCGUGAGGUUACCUGGGAGAGAAUACGAGUUAUAGCGGGCAUACCUGAACACAGGACAAUGAAUCCAACUCCCAUUGUUGAUCGUAAGAACAAUGCCAUUGUUCUAGUGUUCUCAGCCUUCCCAACACACAUGACCUACUUAGAUUUAAUGAAGCAUGCCGGACAACCAAUGUCCAGACUGUAUGUUAUGAAGAGUAAUGAUGUUGGCUUGACCUGGAGUGACCCUGUGGACAUCACCAAUCAAACUAUCGGCAAGAUCAAACCCUUUCCUGUCUUAUAUGCUCCAGGCCCAGGCCACUCUCUUCAAAUGAAUUGUGGAAGGAUCGUAGUUCCUGGAAAUUUCUUUACUACGGAGGAAAGAAGAAGAGGCAUCUCUGGCAUGUGCUCCAAUUGCAUCAAUCUAUCCAACAUUCUCUACAGCGAUGACGGGGGCACAACAUGGCACCUCGGGGCCAGAACGGCACCUGCCCAAGAUGCUAGUGGGGCUUCUAUCUACCCCAAUGAAGCGCAGCUUGCAGAAUUUGAUGAUGGUACCCUGUACAUGAAUCUUCGAACUCUGGACAGUGUACAGCCGAGGGCCUAUUGCCGUAGUUAUGACGGCGGCCAGACUUUGACUAGGAUUAAACUUCACCCGACUCUAGUGGAGCCAGGGUACAGGAGGAAGAACAAGGCAUGGAAGCCGGCAUUGCCCGGUGGCUGUCAUGCAAGCACCAUCUCUGUCAAUAUCAGCACACCCACUCCAGUUCCGACACCACAGAAAACAUGGCUGGUUUUCUCCAAUCCAGCCGACCCACUCGAACGUGUCAACCAGGGUAUUCGCCUGUCUGUCGACGGGGGUACCUCUUGGAGCAAUCCCUGGAUAAUCUUCCCCUACAAGUCUGCCUACUCUGACCUGGUGUACUUUGACAAGACAACUGCAGCUGGUAAACGUGAGCACUACUUUGCCGUUGUAUUUGAAGGUGGGAGCUCUACAUUCUCAGAUCACCUCAAAUUCCUCAUGUUUAACUUAGAGGCCCUCAUUCACAACAUUUUGAAGCAUGGAACACCCAGGAGCUAGUUUUCAGUUUGUCAGAAAUAAGUUUGUGUAACACUGAAUUUUCUGAAUGAAUACCACAGGUAUGAACGUCAAACAUUUGUGGUGAACACAGAAAUGACCUCCCUUGAUGAAGAAUUACCAGUAGCCUGGUGAUUAUAGGAAAAAAUAAGUUUUUCAGCUAGGUAAUAAUUUUCCAUGGAAGAAAAUUUUAUCCUCGCUUCGAACACCUUCAAAAGGGCAUUCAAGGCAGACAUUAAAAUGGUCUUGAUCAUAAGUCGGCCAUCGUGAAUUGGGAGUGAAGAAACAUUUUUAUAUUGGGAACCUGAGAAUAGAAAUGAAGGCAAUGAAAUAAAAGGUCAUUACAAAUUUGUGUCAUUUAUGUUGAUGAAUAAUUAAGAAUUGUGAUCAAUUAUUUCUAAAUGUUUUGAAGCACAAUUUAAAAAUGAAAGCGGGCAGGGAAACCUAAAUAGUCUAACACAACCCAACUUGACAGUUCACAUUGAAUCUGAUUUUAGGAAAACAACAAAAAUGGUUUCCGUGGUCUAUUAAAAUUUGAUUGGCUGUUAUUUUCAGUGGAUAGUUUUGCGUAAAGCUUCCUUUGUACCUUUAAAAGUAAUUCAGAUGCCCAUUGCCAUGUUGAAAAAUGACUUCUUCGCUUCAUUACAAAACGGGGAAGUUUAGGGUCUGGUUUCGGGUUGGAUCCUGCAUAUCACAGAAAUUCAAGCUGCUCACAGUCAUUGAUAUCUUGGACCCUUUGAGUAUAUGAACUCAGCAAUGCACCAACCACAGAAACAGUCCGUUAGAGGGAAAUUAAGGCCUCACAAGGUCGGAGAUGAAAAUUUGGGGUCGUUAGUCAGACUUUCAACCAUUGGAAAACAAUUGACCAUUCAUGCAUCCAGACUCAUUAAAAAAAGCUUAAUAGUUGUACAGGCAAAAUUUGCUCGUACACUGUAGAUACGUGCUCACCCCCCUUUUUUACUGAACUAUUUUGUGCACAUGUAACUUUUUCAGAAAAUGUGUGCUCAAUUUUGUGAAGAAUAUUAACAUUUGUUGUAAAGAAUAUCUCAGGAAAGCCUCAAACAUCUUCCCAAUAUUCCUCCUCUAGACAUGCAAGGAGAUGCACGCCAGAGCUACCUCAAGGUUCUUUAAACUACCCGUCUGAAAUUGUUUUAAUUUGUUAUUUUGUUUUAUUUAUUGAACAUUAUCUUAAGUGGUGGGGGUUGAACCAUUUCGUGUUCUGGUUUUCACUGAGCUGUCUGGUUUUAGUUUUUAACCAGUCUGAAAAUCACUGCAAGAAAAGGUGCCCCAACAAUAAUUUGUCAUUUAUGGCAUAAAAACGUUCCUUUUAAAGCCAAGUCGAUUGUCUAUUUCGUACAUAGCUCUUACAGCAGUGGGUCCUGAAGGCCUGACAAAAUUUCUGUAUUCUCGUGAAGUUCUUUAUUUUCGAAAGCAGAGGCAGAGCCCAGAAAUCCGAUAUUCGAAUUUCUUUUUGAAAUUCGUUAACCGGAUUUGAAGUUGUCAUAUCUUGUUACAUAAUUAUAAUAAUAAGAAGAAGAUGCCCGUGUCUAUAUAUGACAGAUGUGAAUACUUCGUACAUUCUUUCAGGUUUUGUGAUAAUGUGCGUUGUUUUGCAGUACUGAAGGAAGGUUUUUUUAAGAUGGAAGCGGAAACUUACGUUUCAGUUGAUUUUGUUUUGUUUUUCAAGUAUACCUAACAAAAACGUUUUUCUUAUUUACUUUGUAAAUAAGAAAAUUGUGGAAAUUGUAGUAUACACAUUGUUUGUUAAUUUUGAAUUUUGAAGAGUUUAAAACUGCUGACGAGGCUACGAUGUAAAUGAAUAUGAAUAAAUAUUAUAUUCGUGGUAUCGGUACGUUA